AUGGAAUUGCCAGGAACAGAGUGCCAAGCAACCUGUUUCAAAAACUCAUCCUACAUAUUUUCGAAAAGCGGAGGAGAUUGGUAUCAAAACAGGAUUGUCUGUUACAAACAGGGAGGUUACUUAGUCUCCAUCGAAACUCAAGAAGAAUGGCAGUUUAUCAGUCAUGAGAUUCAAAAGCGUGGUACUUCGAAUACUAGUGCGUGGCACAUUGGUUUAGAGAAGAAUCGCGGAGUUUGGACUUGGGAGAGUGGAGAAAAACUAAAUAUUUCGAAAUGGCGAGAUUCUCAGCCAGAUGGUAACGACAAGUACGCGGAAAUAUCUAAGAAUGGAGGCCUCUUUAAUGGUAUCUCUCAGGGUGAUAAAAACGCCUUCAUUUGUGAGAUGCCCGGAGGUAAGAUCACAUUCCAACCAUGA